CAACAACAACAACACCAACAGCCGCCACUGCAACAUCAAACGAGCGCCCGGCAGGUCCUGAUGGUCACCGGGAAGGGACCCGCGACGAAGGGCAGCGGUAGCGGUGGUAGUGCCUUGGGAAAUGUUAUGGUUUGCGAGAGCAGUGGCGUCGCCGCCGCACCCGGUCCUGCCGGCCGGCCGGGCGGUGCGAAGAUCGGCGGCAGCGACGGGAAGGUCAGCGACGGCGCCGGUGCCGGUGGCGGUGGGAUCGUGCAGCGGAAGGACGUGGACUCGUCCAGUGGACCAGUCAGCCCCACCGAGGGCUGUGUGGCACCGAUUUAUUACACCAACAUUUCGGACAACAAAAGCGGGUUCACCAUCCCGCUCAGUGACUUCCGGGCGUUCAAAUGUGGGCCAAACAGCAACAGCAACACCAAUCCAAUCAACGUGAAGACCAACUCCUCCAGGCAUCUGUCGGUAAGUGCUUCCACUAACAACAACAACAACAACAACGACAACGGCACCUCGGACCCGGCCGCGGUCCUGACGAUCCGCGUCCCAGCCAGCGGCCCAUCGAUAGGCGCGAAAUCUGGCCGUAAUAAUCCUAAUUAUGGUGGCGUCGGUGGCAGUGGCGUCAUCGCGGGUCCUCGCCGCAACGAGCCUGGGACCACCGGGCCGACGACAGCCACAUUAAUUUAUGCUGCCGAAACAUCUUCCGUGUCGCCGAUCGUGGCGGCGGCCGCGGCCGCCCAAGUGUCCGAUAAGAGGCAAGAUAAAUCAUCUCUCGGGUACGGGCGGCGGCCGGCACCAACAGGUCACCGUCACCAGCGGCCACCGCAGCCGCCACCGCCAGUGUCGGAGCCGGUGUCAAGUGGCGUUUACCAGCAAGCGACACCACCGUACGACCCGACGGCGGCCAUAUUCCGCGAUCGCAGCAUCGAAGAAACGGAGGCCGCGCAUGAUUUAUUGUCCCUGUCGCAAAGCUUGCCUCCGCUCACGGCCCCGUGCGUCGUGACGAUCCUGCACCCGGGCAGUGGUCCCGUGGCCACACCACUUCCCGACACCGAUGGGCCUCGGCCGACCCCGACGGACUUCCUUCACCGACCGGAACCGGCCAACGGAAUCAUCAGCAUCGUCGAGGCGGCCUCAUCUGCGUCGGCCACCAAUCCGCCAAUUUCGAUGAUAAUACCCUGCUACGAGCUGGCGACGACGAUGACCAUCUCCCCGUCGCCGCCGACCGCCGCCACCGACGGCCCUCUAACGCCGCCCACCUCCGAGCACUCGUCCGACACCGAGUGCUCCGUGUCGAGCGGAUCGCCCAGCUCGCAAGUCUCGCCCGGCACCACGAGCAGCGUGUCCUCGCCCGCCGCCAGUGUGUUCUCGUUCGUGCACUCCAGCCCCUCGCCCGCGUCGUCCCCCUGCCCGUCAGCCGGACGCCGGGUGACGAGAAGGCCGGCGACGGGGCCAUCCACAGCCACGUCCGUCAUCGUGAACGGCUCAACGCUGGCGGCCGCUUCUCGCAAGCACAAAACUGUCACGGUCGCCAGUGAACAGCCGGCCAGCAAGGUGUCUGCGGUGGCAUCCAGUUCCAAGGCCGCCGAGCUGUACACAUACGACGAUCUGAUCUCGAGCGAUGGCCGUUCGAAGAAUCGCAAGAAGCCGCCCAAAGACGCUCCUCAGUCAGCGCAGGGAAGCGUAGGAUCUCCGGUUGGGACCUCGAGCACCGCCAAGGUGGGUCCGGGAGCUAAAGCGACCUCUAAGCCAGCGGAGGCCACCAGCAACCAGGAGUCGUUGGCUGGCAGCGGUGACUCCAGUCCGGUGGCGGCCGUGAAGGGCAAGUACAAGUGUCCGGAGUGUGGGAAACAGUACGCCACGUCGAGUAACCUGUCGAGGCACAAGCAGACCCACCGCAGUCUGGACUCGCAGUCGGCCAAGAAGUGUGUCACCUGUGGCAAAGCGUACGUCUCGAUGCCGGCCCUGGCGAUGCACCUGCUGACGCACAAGCUGUCCCACAGUUGCGGAGUGUGCGGAAAGCUGUUCUCCCGGCCCUGGCUCCUGCAGGGUCACCUGAGGUCACACACCGGGGAAAAGCCGUACGGCUGUGGACACUGCGGCAAAGCGUUCGCCGAUCGGUCGAAUCUGCGGGCCCACAUGCAGACGCACUCGGCGGACAAGAACUUCGAGUGCGGUCGGUGCCACAAGACGUUCGCCCUCAAGUCGUACCUCAACAAGCACCUGGAGUCAGCGUGCUUCAAGGAGGACGAAGGUACGGACAGCUCGUCGUGCGGACCGUUCAGCUCACCGGUGACCAUCGUCGGCGGUCGCAAGAUCUUCCACAGCAGCCUGGACAUCGAUCGGGACGAGGAGUAUGCGAUGCGCGUGGCCAGCGGCAGAUCGGCGGGACAGCACUUCCACAACGAUGACAGCUGCUCCACGACCACGAUCGACGUGGUCACGGCCGACGCGGGUGACGAGGAGGAGGACGACGACGAUGAGGAGGAGGAUAUCGACAUCAUCACGACGUAA